ACAAAUUCGGGUAUGGGCGCUUAGUGUGGUAUGGGCGGAUGCACGGCAUUCUACGGUAAGCGUAAUCGUCACCCAUUCUCAUUUUGUCUCCCCUCUAUUUUUUUACUAUUUGGAGGUUGAAACGUUUUACUAUUUUUUUGUCACCCAUACUGGAUGUGCCUACUUGGCAGUGGGCACAGACGUUUUUCCGUGCUUGUUUUUCAAAUAGCAACACAAGAAUUAUCGGUGAAGAAAUCUAAUGAAAAACUAAGAGUUCAAGAAGGCUUCAACAAAAACACUCCUAGCUGGAGCAGAAAUUCCCAGAAAUUGGCGUUUAGGUUUUUAACUGAUUUUAUAUUUUUCACUCCAGUAGAUGUUUAUCCAAUUUUUUUUUCCAGAUUUAGUUAUGUUUGCGUUAUUGUCACAAACAGAUGUUUAUUGGUGCUUUUCAGUUAAAACAAGGAAGUCUACAGCCUACUUGUAUACCGACUAUUUCAAGAAAGUGGUAAUUUCAAGGGGGUGCAAUUUAUACAACAAAUACUGCACCUAGAAACUGCACAUGUGCCUCUAUUUGUGUGCUAGGGUUCGCACCUAUCUCUCCAGCAAUGUUCUACGCCAGGAGGGCUUUAAAGCCUGGCUGGUAUGGUGGAAGUCAAAUUUGUUGCAUAGGGAUUUAGGCAGCAGGAAGUUAGUCUAACUUAAAAUGACAUCUGAUAUGUCUCCACUAUAGAGGGGAAAUCUGGCCAGUGCAGUUUGACUGCUAGCCUGAGGUCUUCAGCAUGCACGGUAUUCUUGGUGCCACCUGCCAAAUGCUCAGCAGAAUCCAUGCACGCUGGGGACGAGGGGACCUGGACGGGAUGGUCUUCACCACGAUGGGGGAGAGCUUCCGGUGCGGGGACUGCGGCAGCCUCUUCUCGUCCAAGGACUACCUGGAGCGCCACUGGAAGAUGACACACAACCGCAAAGAGGGCCGCCACCUAUGCAGCUACUGCGGCUACUCGAGCGACAUCCGGGCGCACGUCAUCAGCCACGAGAGGACGCACACGGGCGAGCGCCCCUUCAAGUGCGCCACCUGCGGCAAGGAGUUUGCCCAGAAGAACCGCCUCAUCACCCACCAGCGGAUCCACACGGGCGAGCGACCGUACAAGUGCGACGUCUGCGGGCAGGGCUUCAAGCAGGUGGUGCACAUGACCAUCCACAAGCGGCUGCACACGGGCGACUGCCCCUACGUGUGCGAGGAGUGCGGCAGGGCCUUCAACCAGAAGGGGACGCUGGUCAGGCAUGCCCAGACGCACCUGCGGCGCCUCAGGCGCUGAGUCGUGCGGUGACUCCUCUCGCGAGGCGGGCCGUUGGCAAGUGGGCACAACGUGACUGGUUGGAACGUGCUCGUUCUCUAGGUCUUCGAAAUGUGCGUCGUCGGUCACGGUGAGGCCGGACGGGAGGUUGGGGGAGCCGGAGACUUUGGCCGGAAGCCGGCGACAGAAUUGUUUGGAGUACUUUGUUAAGGGCGCUUGGGAGAGCUAAUUAUAUUUAUAGGCUGAUGCAGAAUUGAGAGUUCUAUGCCUGUUUCAUUUUAGCCAUCCCUAUAGUCUUGGGGAAUUUCGCCAUUUUGUCCUUGUUUGUGGGGAAAAAGGGUAGAACCUUGAGCUGCAAAUUUUAAAUUGUGCUUAAGGCCUACGUAAAGGGAUUGUCCGGUUGAAACUGGAAGUACCUAAGUUUUUACACUCGAUACGUCGAGGGAGCCUUCAUAUAGACAAAUGUCAUUUUUAUUAUGAUAUGUAAUAUGUCUCAAUAUUAAUUAAACCUUUCGUAAGCGUGUGUUCAAAACUGCACCCCUGAUUUCGCCAGUGUCAAUAGCCGACAUUCGUAGCUGCUGUGUGACGUCGCAUAACGCAAAGAAAGAUGGUCAGGAUAACAAAGAGUUGGUCAAUAAAUAUCUGGUAUUUGGUUUCGAAUUAUAUAGUCUC